AUGAAUCGUUUUGAUGAUGAAAUGUCCACAACAAACGUCUCACUCAUCGAUGAUGUUCAUACAUCGCGGCCCUUGAUGACUUCUCCACUGUCCAUCAGCAGCAAAAAGCCUGCAGUGGAACGACAACAGGCUGCUAAAUCUCCAACACUAAAGCCAAAAGACUACCUUCGAAAUGGUUCCUUGGCAUUGAAGCAUCAGGAAAAUACAAUGGACGGUUUGAAAAAGGAGAAUUUCGAUUUGAGACUUAGCCUGUACUUUUACGAGCAAAGGCUAAACGAUAUGUCCAGUGAUAGCAUUGAUCAGGCUUUGAAAGAGAAUGUCAGCCUCAAAGUGACAAUCCAAAAGCUCACGCAAGAGUUGAAAAAGUACAAGAACAUUAUACUGGAGCUGAAUCAGGGCCUCGACAUAUUGAAGAAUCAACCAUGUACAAAGCAGCAUGGUAUGACAGAGCAAGAGAGAGAGGAAUUUGAAAAAGUCAAAUCAGAUGCAGACCAAUGCCAUGAUGAAAACGACAAUUUAAGCCGCUUGUUGGCAGAAGUGACAUCAGAAAAUGUGAGAUUACGAUCCACCAUUCGAUCCAGAAACACCAGCUCUACUACAGAUAUCUCGUCUUCCAACAACAGUACCAGUAGCAGCAGCAAUGAAGAUUACCAAGAGCUAUCGCGCAAAUACAGACAAGCCAAACUAAAGAUUGAGGAACAACAAAGAAUUAUCCAGCAAUCCAGUCGCUAUAACAACAACCACAGCAACCAAACCGACGAUCACUUGAUAAAGUCCAUGUUAUCAGAGAGAGAUGCUGUGAUUGCAAAAAACACAAAGCUCAACAGACAAUUGGAAAACGAAUUGCAGUUGGAGAAGGAGAGAGGUGACGCCAUGGCCUUAGAUUUACAAGAAAAAAAGAAGCAAAUCCAUAGUCUAAAAUUGGAAUUGGAUCAAUAUAACCAUAAUUUACAUGAAACAAAACAACAAUUACGAAAUAAGGCAAUCGAGUGUGAUCAGCUGUUGGAGGAAAACGAAGAUUUAAGGGUGAACAAUGAAAACAUGGGCACUUUGAUUGACAAUUUCCGUCGACUGGAGGACGAAAAUGACGAGCUGGCCAACGAAAUACAGGACCGCGAGCAAGAGAUUGAGGCCUUGGAAGCAGAAGUCGUGAAAUUGCUGUCGCAUUUGGAAAACAAGGAGAACGAGCGAGGAAGGGACACGCAAGAGGCAGACGAGCGCAUUCUACAAUUAGAGGAGGAAAUCAACAUGCUCAAAAACGAACUCAAAUCAGUUAACGAGUCGCACGACAACGACAUUGAAGCGUUUGAAGACCAUGUAUCCAAAACACAAGACGAAAUCAAAAAGAAAGAUCAAGAAAUUAAAAGCGUGCUACUGGAAUUGGAGGAGUCAAAGCGGGAAUGCGAAGAGUUGCUGGAGAAACAGUACAAUGAGCUAAUUGUCACUAUUCGAGACAGAGAAGUGCGCAUGGCAACAUUGGAAGGCAAUUUUGAGCAGAAAACGGACACAAUGCAGCGAGAGAAGGAGUUGUUGCGUGAGGAAAUGGAAGAACUACAAGACAGAGUGCGGGAACUAGAGGAGCAGCUACAGCAGAAUCACAGCACGCCACAAGACAACGAGUAUCAACAAACACUCGAGGCCAAGAUGAAAGACACAAAGCGAGAGCAACGAAAAGCCACUGAGCAGCUGGCCAAACAAACAGAACAAGUACGAUUAUUGAAACAAAAGCUGAUAUCUUCUACCAAAAAGAACGCAUUGCUCAAUUCGCUGCUGGACCAAAAUAAGAAAUCAGAGCACAAUGACAGAGCAGCAGACAAACACAUUCUUUUAUCCAAACUGAAUCAGGAGCUCAGACAAGAACUGGAGGACCGUGAUAGACAUCUGGAUAUGGAAAAGAAGAAGUGUCAAGAGCAAGAUGAAAUCAUUCAGCAGUUAAAGAAGCAAUUGGAACGAAGAGAGACUAUGCUGACCAACUCGUUGUUGGCUCGUGAUACUCUGAAAGAACAAGGCGAAUUCAUGGAGAAUAUCUUGUAUGAACAAGCAACGGGAGGGCACUCAUUCCGCGACAGAGCCGAUUCAGCCAUGAGUUCGUUUUAA